AUGUUUUACGCGCAGUUUGUCCUUGCUAAGAAGGGGCCUCUAGCAAAAAUUUGGCUGGCAGCCCACUGGGAGAAAAAGUUAACAAAGGCUCAAAUUUUCGAAACCGAUGUCCCUCAAGCGGUAGAAGAAAUGAUAAAGCCAAAGGUGUGCUUUUUUAUUAUGAUUUUCAAACAACGAAAAUACAGGUAAAAAUGGCGUUGCGCACAACAGGACAUCUAUUACUCGGAGUUGUCCGCAUAUAUUCGAAGAAGGCGCGAUAUUUACUGGCAGACACCAACGAAGCCGUCCUGAAGGUGACUGUAUGAUUUAAGUUGUUUUAAAUGACUUUUUUUUCAGAUCCGUUUAAACUUCCGCCACGGUUUCAACUUGGAAAUUGAACCCUUAUUGAUGGAAGAUUAUGAUGUUAAUCAAGAAGUUAGUUUGGAGUUUAGUUUGGGAAUGCUCGUUGUUUUGUUAGAUGUUCGAGGAGAUGAACGUGACGAUUCCAGAGUUUCUUGAAGCUGAAGCACAGAUCGACUAUGAAGUGAGUCUUUUUUUGACCUCAUAAAUAAAAUUUUAUUAAAUUUAUUAUUGCGUAAAGUGGCCGAAUAAUUUUCUCAUAUCAUGCCGUGUUCAAAGUGAUUUCACGAGAUAAAAGUAGUCGUCAGAGAGUGAAAAAGAUAGCCGAACUUUGGAGAGUCAGAGAUAAGUUAGCGCUUUGCGGAAAUUACUGAACGCUGGAUCAAUUUCAACAAUCAAUUAACAUUUUUAAACGUUGGACGAAGAAAUUUUUGGAAAAAAAGUUUGCAGGCCAAUCAGUGUAGAUUGGAAGACAUCACUCUAAAAGAUGACUAUGACAUGUUUGGCGACUGCUUCCGUCAUCAAAAGUUGCUUGUGAGUCCCUAUCCAACUCAAUAAUUUAAAUACUUCUUCAGCUUGAUGAUUUUGGAGAAGAAUCUGUCUACGGUUCUUUUGAAUCAUCUUCUAUCCCUACUCCAAUCGAAAGGCAGCCAUCUUCACUGAUAAUGGACAAUGGAGAAAGCUCUAUGCAAAUAAGGUUUUUUUUUUCUCGUUUUUCGAUUAUCUCAUUAUUUUCUUUUAGGCCCGAUGGCGAUGUCGUUCUACAGGAAUUCGUUAGCAAGGUAACAGGAGAACAUGCAGGCUUCGCCUUUGAAGAUGCUGGAUUUGCUCCAGAAGAUGCUCAUCUUUUUAGUAUGUUAGCCGACGAUGUGGAGAUGCAAAGAGAAGAGAUAGACAACUUCGGUAAAAAGUUUUUUUUAGAAUAAAAUGAAUGACUUUCAGUUUUCCAGGAGACAGUAUUCGCAAGCCGAAUAGCAGCGUUCUGCAGGAGAAACAGAAACAAGGUGAAAAUUUUCAACGCGUUAUGAAAUUUGAGCUUUUCUUCAGAUUUCAACGAGGGACGGUCCUCCUUCGAACUGCAACCUCUAGAUCUCAACCGACUUGGAGCUCGCGCUAAAGGAAAAAGAACCACAAAAAAGUAGAAUAUAAUAAUCUUCUAUCAUUAAGUUCUGCUUUUACAGAAGGAAGCUUGUAAUAGACGAUGCAACGAACAUCCCCAGCGAACAGUUGAAAGAUGACAUGCAAAAUUUCAGGUAAAAGUUGAAUAUGAAACGCUGUUGACAAUUUUCUCAGUGAUAUUAUUGUACCAUUGUCUCUUGCCCCGCCAACGAAGAAGUUGAUGAACAUUUGUCACACCGGAGAUGUCAAUUAUCUCAUGAAUACUCCGGGGAUGGAUAUCGGUCACCAUGACCUUAUAAAGGUAAACCUUCUUUCUUUUUUAUUUUGUUUAUUUCUAGGUUCUAGGCAUAUAAAGAGUGCCUCGUUCUACGACUUCAUAAGCCUAGCAAUGGCCAUGCUCCUGUCGAUGAUCCUUGCGAGGAAUUGUGUCUGAGUGAUGAAAUUUUACCAGAUGGAAAUUAUUUGGAGGUUUUGUCGAAGUUCGAAGCUAGUUUUAUUGUGACUGUUCAGGACACAAGAAUGAAUGACUACGCCGAUUUUGAGGAGGAAGGAUUUGCGGCCGAAAAUCAGUCGGUGAUAGAAGCUGUCAGAGACAUUUCGGAUCUUUCUGUUCCGCAGAACAGAAGCGCCAUUGGGUUCAAUUCAAUUUUACAUGAAGAGGUUAUCAAUUUUUUUUUCUUUGUUUUCUUAAUUGAUUGUUACAGGAAAAAGAAAACGACCCGUUAGAGCCGCAAGCGACUCCUUCACGAGGAUGUUUGGAGGUAACUUCUAGGAAUAUUCCAAAGUAAUGAAAAAAGGAGUCUCUCUCCAAAAAAAAUUUCCAUAAAAAUACUGAGUUCUCAAUGUAUCUCUCCGUUUUAGGCCUAUGGAUUUGGGAAGAAAACUGUGGACGAAUGCAAGUGGAUGAAGCGCACUGAGACCAUACUCAAGAAGAUCUCGACGGAGAUUGAGAACAGCGGAAAAGUUUGAGUUUUGACACUUCUUAAGCUAAAUUUGAACUGUACAGGCUAGCUUCUCAAAUGUUGUGCGUUCAGUUGGAACAAGAAAAAGUGCUGCAGAACACUUUUAUGCUCUACUAUCGUUAGCUAAGUUGCAAAAAAUACAGGUAAUAUCAUGAAUUUGUUGUCAAAGAGUUUUUUUUUUAGGUUGAACAAGAAGAGCCUUUCGGAGAUAUUACUAUCCUGCCUGGACCGAAAAUGAUGUCUCCAUUCGAAGAAAGCAUCGUUCGACCUUUUACUGAACGAAACGCUUGAUUUUUGGACUUUUAUAUUUGCUAUAUUCUUGUCUCAUUUCCAGUACAAAUCAACUAACCCACUCACACGUGUACAAAAACCAAACAUAAUAAACUUUUUUAAAAUUUACAUAUGAUACCGUGUCUUUUCAGAAGGUCAUUCUUCUUUCGAAAUUUAUUUAUACCGUUAAGUUUAUUUUCUUCGUUUAAAAAUUAUUUUAGGAUGGCUUCCCGUGUCAACGUUUGCUCCGUGAACUUCUUGGAGAACCCUGGCAUGUUCACCGACAAAUUCCGCUUGGAAAUUACCUUCGAAGUUUUUGAACACCUUCCUCAUGGUUUUUUUUUUCUUGUCGCACUAAAUAUCUUAUCGAAUGCCUUUUUCCGAUUUGGAAUGGGAACUCGUAUAUGUUGGGUCUGGAACAUCAAGAGAGUUUGACCAGGCUCUCGACUCUGUUGUCGUAGGCCCAGUUCCAGAAGGUCGGCACAAAUUUGUUUUUGAGGUAGGAUUCAUUUUUGAUAGAAACUGAUUAAGUAUUCUAGGCAUCUCCACCAAACUCGGAAAAAAUCCCUCAAGAAGAUUUGGUCGGCGUCAGUGUUCUGCUGCUUCGAUGCAAGUACAACGAGCAGGUAGCUGAUUAAUUCUCUUUUUAGAAACUUUUUCAAAAAAAAAACUUUUUUUAGGAGUUCCUCAAUCUUGGUUGGUUUGUCUCGAACGACUACAACGACGAGGAGCUGAAGGCAAAUCCACCAGUGAAGCCAAUCGUCGGAAAGGUUUUAUCGAAUUCACGCAGAUAUUGUUUGAAAACCAAAUUUCAGCUGGCGAGGACUGUACAGAUUGAUGACCUCAGAGUGACAUCAUUUUCAAUUAAUUGGGGUGGUGAGCAGCCGGUAGAAUAUCCGCCAGAGGAAGAAACUGUCGUGGAUGAGACUGAUCUCAUGCCGUUGAACGACGAGGGAGAUGACGACGAAGAAGAUGUAAGCUUUUUUUUCUAAUUUGUUUCUUUAUGAAAGGUGUAUGAAAAGCUACUUCCUUUUUUUUUACCUCAGGGUUAUGACUAAAAUUUCUUAAAAGUGUAAUUUGAAUCAAUGCUUCUGCAAAAAAAAACUGUUCCAACGAGUUUUGAAUAUAUACUUAUAAAAAAUAAAUCCGAUAAAAUACUAACAUUUGGUUACCUCCAAAUAAACUAUCGAAAACGCAACUAAUUAUUAACCACCACUGAAAAAUGUAACAUUAAUAGAGGCCUUCAUUGAUUUAGGGAAAGCUGGCAUUUUCUUUGUCUUAUAUUACCUUUCAAUUCAAUACUUCAAUACACCAAAAUGUGUGAAUAUUAUUUAAUACUUCAACACACCAUAAUGUGUAAAUAUCAUUUGGUAGUUUCUAAAUUUGAGGACGAAACUGAAGAUGAGAAAGAAGAAGGUGAGGUGGAUCUUAACGAGAGCAUCGAGAAGAUAAACGAUAAUGUGACAAAUUCACUGGAUGAGAUGGAAGUCGACACUAAUCAAGGUACAUAAUUAUCUAGAUCAAUGGAAAUUAAUUUCAUCUAUUCAGGGGGUGAAGGAAUGGAAGUGGCUUCUGAAGAAGUCGCUACCGACGGGAAGUCAGCUCCGAUGGAGAUCAGCUCAGCUCCACUUGUUGAUAAAACUAACGGAAACAACGAAUGA